AGGUAGAUUAGUUUGCGCUUAUUUACCUGAGCUGUAUCAGCAGAGGUGGCCAAUAAAUCCAGUUUUCCAGUUUUCCACAUGCCCCAUGUUCUUGAUUUCGACGCGAUAAUCCGCCACAUUCACGGAACCUACGCCUCCCUGAGAAUAUCUCCACCAGAUGGAAAAUUCACCAUCUUUGCGUCGUUCUUCCUUACCGACCAAAGGCGCACCAAGGUCAUAUCCAUUGCAACGGGGACGAAAUGUUUACCUACCAGCCGACUGCCAACCCAGGGAGAAGCAUUACACGAUAGUCACGCAGAGGUGCUAGCUCGACGAGGCGCCAUCCGAUGGUUUAUGGAAGAAAUUCUUCGCCAAACAGCGUCUGACUGGAUCGUUCGUCGGGCGAGCGGGAAAUACGCGUUGAGAGAUGGCGUAACACUCAAUCUCUACAUAUCCACCGUUCCGUGCGGAGACGCAUCGACCAGAUUCCUCGCCGCUUUCCAGGACGAAGAGAUGGCAUUGCUCAAGGAUUCUACGGUCAGGCAACCGGUGGAACCUGCAGCAGCCGCGCGAGGACGCGAUGGAUACUCACUCUAUGGAGUCCUUCGAACGAAACCCGGCCGAGCGGAUUCUCCUCCCACUCAGUCCAUGUCUUGUAGCGACAAGAUUGCCUCAUGGACCGUCCUAGGCAUACAAGGUGCUCUGGGAUCGCGGUUUCUGUCGCCUCUGUAUAUAUCGAGCAUAAUCAUCGGUGAAGUACCUCCAAGUAUGCAUGAGAUGGUGCUGGAAGAUUGUAAUCGAGCCUUGUGGGACCGGUUGGGCUGGCAUGCUCUCGCGGGAGACUACCGUGUUCAGCGACCAUCUAUAGGGUUCACGAGCCUGUCAUUCAUGCAUUCUCGCGACUUUCUCAAAACAGCUUCUGGCUCGUGUAACGACUCUCUCUGUUGGAUUGCCGACUCGCACAAGAUGCAUGAAGUACUCAUCAAUGGGUUCAAGCGAGGCGUAUCCCCCAAGCACCGAUUACGCGAGAAAUCAAGACCACUGCUAUGCCAGACAUCAUUAUUCUCACUGUACCAUCAGGUUUCCAGGGUCUUGGGGCUCUCUGAUCAGUCACAGCAAGCAUAUAGCGAUGUAAAGCACUCCGCUGUAGAGUAUCAAGACGUCAAAGACCGAUUGAUGGGUAGCGGCGGGCCUUUGGCUGGUUGGCUCAGGACCGCUUCCUUGUCAAAUGACUUUGUCUGCGGCUUACAAGAGACAGAAGCAUUGACCAACAUUAAAUUUGCAUCAGAACGAGAAAGCAACGAAUAUGAUAUCCCAUCGUAAUACGGGAGAAGGAGACGGUUUGUUCGACCUGUCGUUUUGGCGUUAUACACUAGCGUCGAACCCAAAAGGUCAACGGGCUCCCUGUCGUUACCGAAUCUGGAAGAAUACUCGUUUGCGAGGAACACCUUCGCGAACUAGAAUCUUCAGGUUACGCCCAGAGGGAACUUGGAUAUCUCCUUUGGAAAGGAGUGGAUAUUAUGGGCGACUUCUUCGUCAUUUCCACCUUAUUCUUUCUGUUCGUCCAGAAUAUUGGGUCUAUCAUCUCUUAUGCCAGAUGAUAAAUGAUUAGGCUUUCGUCGCUUACAUGACGGCGAACU